UACCUAAAAGUGGAAUUUUUAUUGCAAAAUGUUCUGCCAAAAUUGUGGAACAAAGCUUUUGGAUAAAGCCAAAUUUUGCCACAACUGUGGAUUUUGUGCAUUAUCAGAUUUUGAAAUAGGCUCAAAACCUUCAAGCAAGACCAUUGGAGUAAAACCCCUUUCAUUUGAAGAGUUCCUCUUUAAAGAGAUGUGUGCAGAAAGGUGGAUAGACCCAAUUGGCAAGUUAUCAGAUAAUGAUCAAAAUAACCUGGAAAAAACACUCAUUGCUGAAGAGGAAACUGGACAGCCAACUGUUGCCACUAUGCAAGAAGUGGUUCAUCUAAUUCAGGACAAUGUUAACAGAAUGUCGACCAACAGAUUUACCAUUCCUAGGCAAUUAGAUUUUGCUGAUUAUGUGGAUGCACGGAAACAAAAAUGGUUUGCUGAAGGAGGAAACCUUAAAAUUUGUUCGCUGGUGAACCUUCUAUUGAUGGUGGUGGCCGAAGGAGGGAGUUUUUCACAGAUGUCCUACAACACAUUAAGUUAACUUUGUUUGAUGCAAAAGGUUGUCUGUGCUUCUUGGCAAAGAAUGUGUUUAAUUAUAUGGCGGAAGGGGUAAAUAGCAUACAGGCCAACAACUGGUUGGAGUUGGUUCAUGAUGCUAAUUUCAAAGAUGAAAUUGAAAGGUAAAAAAUAUGCACUCAUUAAGAAAAGCAAGCAAAUUUCACUUUGAAAUAUCUCAAAGCUAUGCUUAAAGAAUAGAAAAAAUUUAACUCUCAUUUGUUCUACUUAUUACCAUAGCAUUCUUAAUUACAUUCAGUUAGUUAAAUGUGAGAGUGAUGAGGAGCUGAGGACAUUGCUUUGCUCAGAUGACAUGAUGAACAUUCUGCAAUCAAUUGGCUACAGGGGUUUUCCCUCCAAGGAGAAAUUGGCCUUAUGAUUGACCUUUAAAUUGACCUUGUUGUAGGUCGAUUGUAUUUGCAGGAAUUGGCCAUAUGCUAGCAAUGAUGGACCAGUUAAAAUCUGGUCUUACACUUUUUGGGGUUCUGCAGCAAAUUCAACAUCACCAGGAGAUAAUGGCAUCAAUGCUUACACUGGAUGAUAUUGCUAAUUUUUGCUUGACUGCAGACAUUGUUCUUGAAAAUAUGACUGUAGAGAUCAGCCUAGAAGGAAGCAACAAAAACCAAUUGGAAAUAAAUGUCCACAAAUUUUUUUGUGACUAUAUUCAAGAAUUAGACACAAAAGACACUAGCACUUCAUUAAAAACGCUGUACAGAUUGAUCACUGGAAGCCACUCUGUAACAACACUGGGAGCAGAAAAGCACAUCACUGUCAAAUUUAAGCAUGGCUGCCCGUGAAUUGUAAAUGACGUCCAACUGCUGCUACAUGUGAACCAAGUAUCUGCUUUCCAAUUCACUUUGAUAACACCAGUGUGCGAAUUAACGGUAUGCAAUGUGCAAUUUGCACAUCGUUUUAGCUAAAAUGAAAACAAUUGCACAUCACUUUUUCAAACGAUAUGCAAAAAACUUCUUUAUUGAUUACUACCACAUAAAUUGA